AUGUCGAACGAGGACGACUGUGCCCCCCAACUGCCCUGGGCAGAACCCGCCUGGCUGACAUCCCUGGAGUCGCCUUACUACAACGAAUCUCACAGGAAGCUCCAAGCCUACGCCAGGAAUUACAUCGACCAGAACAUCCUCCCUCAUAACCUGAAGUGGGAGCAAGACGGCGACUGUCCAGAUGCGGCAAAGGCAGAUUUUGUCAAUUCCGGACUGCCCUUCGCCAACAUACCCGCCCAGUACCGGCCGCGUGGAUUCGAGUCGGCAGCCGGCAUACCAGCUGACGAAUUCGACGUCUUCCACUUCAUGGUUCUCACCGAUGAGGGAGCCCGUAUAGAAGGGGGCGUCGGCAUCGCGCUGGCGGGGGCAUACGCCAUCGGCACACCGCCCAUUCUCAACCACGGGACCGAGGAGCAGAGGCGGCGGUGGUUGCCCGGGCUGUUCACGCGGGAAACGAGUUUCUGCCUGGGGAUCACGGAGCCGAGCGGCGGCAGCGAUGUCGGCAAUAUCUUGACGAGGGCAGUUAAGACCAAAGACGGGAGUCAUUACGUCGUCACGGGCACGAAGAAGUGGAUCACGGGCGCGCAGUGGGCAACACACAUGACAACGGCCGUUCGGACCGGAGGGCCAGGCAUCAAAGGCAUCUCGCUGCUCGUCGUGCCCCUCCACUCGGAGGGCGUAGAGAUCGAAAAGAUACAAAACAGUGGCCAGAACGCCGGCGGGGCGAGCUGGGUGCGCAUGCGCAACGUCCGCGUCCCGGUCGAGAACCUGCUCGGGCAGGAGAAUGCGGGGUUCAAGUACAUCAUGACCAAUUUCAACAAGGAGCGGUUCCUCAUGGCCAUCGUCUGCAACCGCAAGACUCGGACUUGCCUGAGCACGGCGCUGCAGUACGCACACACCCGCGAGACCUUCGGCAAGCCCCUUGUCUACCACCAGAUCAUCCGCCACAAGGUCAUCACGCUCGCCAGGGAGGUCGAGUCGCAUUGGGCAUGGCUGGAACAGAUCGCGUACCACAUACAGAUACACGGGUGGCAAAGCGACGACGUCGCGGGGCGCAUCGCCCUGGCAAAGGUGGCCGGGGGCAGGAUGCUGGAGCUGGCUGCGAGGGAGGCCCAGCAGGUCAUGGGCGGCGUUGCGUACCAGAGAAACGGCCCCGGCGGAGGAGGUCGGAUCGAGCAGAUCACGCGUGAUCUGCGAAUGAUGGUGGUCGGAGGGGGGUCCGAGGAGAUUCUUGGGGACCUGGCGUUCAGGCAGGACACGAAGGCAGCGCAGAGGAGGCCGUCAAAAUUGUAG